UAAAAGGCAGGAAUUAACGUCCUGUGCUGCAGCAGAGCAGCCGUAGCAAUAGCAACAGCAACAGCGGCAGCCUCGGCAGCGAGUCGUUCAGAGAGACUGCACCAUUUUCCUCUCACCCUGCAGAGGUGUGGCUGGAAACGGCAGUGCACUACCCACCCCCCAGCAGCUCCUCAGAGGUGGCCUCUUCCUGGCUCCAGUCGGAAGACACAGGCUGUCUGGAGGAGUCCCCAAAGACUAUUCCAGUCCUUGAUGUGUGGCUAACGAAGGCUUUUUCAACUAAUAGGAUGCUUAUCUGCACUUGUGGCCACCCAACUGCUGAAGAGCUUCAAGUCUAGUGCUCCGCCUUCCCGUGGGGCCCUUUCCGAGGGUGGGUGCGCACCUCUGCCCGCGUGCGCGCAGGUGCGAGCAGCUGGGGGCCUGCCCUGGGGCCUUGGCACUCUGUGCUCAAUUACGGGUGCCGCAGUAAGAUUAUGACCCAGCUCGGGGGCGGAGGAGAUCAUUUUGUAAGUGCUCUGGCUGCCAGCCAUUGCCCUGGUGGGGGAAAUCCCAUCUCCAUCUAGCUCUAAAAUCACCUGGGUUACUGGGGACUGGAAACUGAACUGCAGCAACUACUUCUGCUGAUUUCCUUUGCAAAAUGGCUCACGCUGCAGCUUCUAUUAAAAAAGUUCGAGAAGCUGAACUGGAUGAAAAGGAAAAAAAUCUUGAGAGAGAGAGAAAAAAACAACGGAAAAUCCCCAGGGAACGGAUGGAGCGGAAAAGAAAGUCUGACAGCAAUGCCAGCUUCCUUCGAGCUGCUAGAGCCGGCAACCUUGACAAAGUAGUGGAAUAUCUGAAGGGGGGCAUAGACAUCAACACCUGCAAUCAGAAUGGACUCAAUGCCCUCCAUCUGGCUGCUAAAGAGGGCCAUGUGGGGCUGGUCCAGGAGCUGCUGGGAAGGGGGUCUGCUGUGGAUUCUGCCACUAAGAAGGGAAAUACUGCUCUUCACAUUGCAUCAUUGGCUGGACAAGCAGAAGUUGUCAAAGUUCUUGUUAAAGAAGGAGCCAAUAUUAAUGCACAGUCUCAGAAUGGCUUCACUCCUUUAUACAUGGCUGCCCAAGAGAACCACAUUGAUGUUGUGAAAUAUUUGCUGGAAAAUGGAGCUAAUCAGAGCACUGCUACUGAGGAUGGCUUUACACCUCUAGCUGUGGCACUCCAGCAAGGACAUAACCAGGCAGUGGCCAUCCUCCUGGAGAAUGACACCAAAGGAAAAGUGAGGCUGCCAGCUCUGCAUAUUGCAGCUCGGAAGGACGACACCAAGUCUGCCGCCCUCCUGCUUCAGAACGAUCACAACGCUGACGUGCAGUCCAAGAUGAUGGUGAAUAGGACAACCGAGAGUGGUUUUACUCCUUUGCACAUUGCCGCCCACUAUGGAAAUGUCAAUGUGGCAACUCUUCUUCUAAACCGGGGAGCUGCUGUGGACUUCACAGCCAGGAAUGGAAUCACUCCUCUGCAUGUGGCUUCCAAAAGGGGAAACACAAACAUGGUGAAGCUCUUACUGGAUCGUGGUGGUCAGAUCGAUGCCAAAACUAGGGAUGGCUUGACCCCCCUUCAUUGUGCUGCAAGAAGUGGGCAUGACCAGGUGGUAGAACUCCUGCUGGAACGGGGUGCUCCCUUGCUGGCAAGGACUAAGAAUGGGCUGUCUCCACUUCACAUGGCUGCACAGGGAGACCAUGUGGAAUGUGUGAAGCACCUGUUACAGCACAAGGCUCCCGUUGAUGAUGUCACCCUAGACUACCUGACAGCCCUCCACGUUGCUGCACACUGUGGCCACUACCGUGUAACCAAACUCCUCCUGGACAAGAGAGCUAAUCCAAACGCCAGAGCCCUGAAUGGUUUUACUCCACUGCACAUUGCCUGCAAGAAAAACCGCAUCAAAGUCAUGGAACUGCUGGUGAAAUAUGGGGCUUCAAUCCAAGCUAUAACAGAGUCUGGCCUCACACCAAUACAUGUGGCUGCCUUCAUGGGCCACUUGAACAUUGUCCUCCUUCUGCUGCAGAACGGAGCCUCUCCAGAUGUCACUAACAUUCGUGGGGAGACUGCCCUGCACAUGGCAGCCCGGGCAGGGCAGGUAGAAGUGGUCCGGUGCCUCCUGAGAAACGGUGCCCUUGUCGAUGCCAGAGCAAGGGAGGAACAGACACCUUUGCAUAUUGCCUCUCGCCUGGGUAAGACAGAAAUUGUCCAGCUGCUUCUACAACACAUGGCCCACCCAGAUGCAGCCACUACGAAUGGGUACACGCCACUGCACAUCUCUGCCAGGGAAGGCCAGGUUGAUGUGGCAUCAGUCCUGUUGGAAGCAGGGGCAGCCCAUUCCUUAGCUACCAAGAAGGGUUUCACUCCUCUGCACGUAGCCGCCAAGUAUGGAAGCCUGGAUGUGGCAAAACUUCUCUUGCAACGUCGUGCUGCCGCAGAUUCUGCCGGGAAGAAUGGCCUUACCCCGCUCCAUGUUGCUGCUCAUUAUGACAACCAGAAGGUGGCGCUGCUGUUACUGGAAAAGGGUGCUUCCCCUCACGCCACGGCCAAGAAUGGCUAUACUCCUUUACACAUUGCUGCAAAGAAGAAUCAAAUGCAUAUAGCUUCCACUCUCCUCAACUACGGCGCAGAGACGAACAUCAUGACAAAGCAGGGAGUGACGCCACUCCACCUGGCCUCACAGGAGGGGCACACAGAUAUGGUCACCUUGCUUCUGGAUAAGGGGGCCAAUAUCCACAUGUCCACCAAGAGUGGGCUCACAUCCUUACACCUUGCAGCCCAGGAAGAUAAAGUGAAUGUUGCUGAUAUUCUUACCAAGCAUGGGGCUGACCAGGAUGCUCACACGAAGCUUGGUUACACUCCUUUAAUUGUGGCCUGUCACUACGGAAAUGUGAAAAUGGUCAACUUUCUUCUGAAGCAGGGAGCAAAUGUCAACGCAAAAACCAAGAACGGCUACACACCUUUGCACCAGGCCGCCCAGCAGGGCCACACGCACAUCAUCAAUGUCCUGCUGCAGCACGGGGCCAAGCCCAACGCCACCACCGCGAAUGGCAACACGGCCUUGGCGAUUGCUAAGCGUCUGGGCUACAUCUCGGUGGUGGACACCCUGAAGGUGGUCACUGAGGAGGUCACCACCACCACCACGACUAUCACUGAAAAACACAAGCUAAAUGUGCCUGAGACGAUGACGGAGGUUCUUGAUGUUUCUGAUGAAGAGGCUUUUAAACAGUUUGGUGACCACUCUAUUGAUGGGGAAGCACUUAGUGAUUCAGGUGAUGACACAAUGACCGGCGAUGGGGGAGAAUACCUCAGGCCUGAGGAUCUCAAAGAACUGGGUGAUGACUCUCUACCCAGCAGUCAGUUCCUGGAUGGUAUGAACUACCUGCGAUACAGCUUGGAGGGAGGACGCUCUGACAGUACCAUGCCCAGCCUUCGAUCCUUCAGUUCCGACAGGUCUCACACCCUGAGCCAUGCCUCGUACCUGAGGGACAGUGCCAUGAUCGAUGACACAGUUGUGAUCCCUGGUCACCAGGUGUCAACUUUAGCCAAGGAGGCGGAAAGGAAUUCUUAUCGUCUAAGCUGGGGCACUGAGAACUUAGACAACGUGGCUCUUUCUUCCAGCCCUAUUCAUUCAGGCCGAACCUCUCCAUGUCUUGAUCGUGACAACAGCAGUUUCCUGGUUAGUUUUAUGGUGGAUGCCCGAGGGGGUGCUAUGCGAGGAUGCAGACAUAAUGGGCUCCGCAUCAUUAUUCCACCUCGGAAAUGUACCGCCCCAACACGAGUCACCUGCCGCCUGGUCAAGCGCCAUAGACUGGCAACCAUGCCUCCAAUGGUGGAAGGAGAAGGCCUGGCCAGCCGCCUGAUUGAAGUGGGACCUUCUGGUGCUCAGUUUCUUGGUAAACUUCACCUGCCAACGGCUCCUCCCCCACUUAAUGAGGGAGAAAGUUUGGUCAGCCGCAUCCUUCAGCUGGGGCCUCCUGGAACCAAAUUCCUUGGGCCUGUGAUCGUGGAGAUCCCUCAUUUUGCUGCCCUUCGAGGAAAGGAGAGGGAACUGGUGGUUCUACGCAGUGAGAAUGGGGACAGCUGGAAAGAGCAUUUCUGUGAAUACACCGAGGACGAAUUGAAUGAAAUCCUUAAUGGCAUGGAUGAAGUGCUGGAUAGCCCGGAAGACCUAGAAAAGAAACGAAUCUGCCGCAUCAUCACCCGUGACUUCCCACAGUACUUUGCAGUGGUGUCACGCAUCAAGCAGGACAGCAACCUGAUUGGCCCAGAAGGAGGCGUGCUAAGCAGCACGGUGGUGCCCCAGGUGCAGGCAGUCUUCCCCGAGGGGGCACUCACCAAGCGGAUCCGAGUAGGCCUCCAGGCUCAGCCUAUGCACAGUGAGCUGGUUAAGAAGAUCCUAGGCAACAAAGCUACCUUCAGCCCUAUAGUCACUUUGGAACCUAGAAGAAGAAAAUUCCACAAGCCAAUCACCAUGACCAUUCCUGUCCCCAAAGCUUCAAGUGAUGUCAUGUUGAAUGGUUUUGGGGGAGAUGCACCAACCUUAAGAUUACUAUGCAGCAUAACAGGUGGAACCACUCCUGCUCAGUGGGAAGAUAUUACAGGAACUACGCCAUUAACAUUUGUCAAUGAAUGUGUUUCCUUUACAACCAAUGUGUCUGCCAGGUUCUGGCUGAUAGAUUGUCGACAAAUCCAGGAGUCUGUCACCUUUGCAUCACAAGUGUAUAGAGAAAUUAUCUGCGUACCAUAUAUGGCCAAAUUUGUAGUCUUUGCCAAAUCACAUGACCCCAUUGAAGCCAGGUUGAGAUGUUUCUGCAUGACUGACGAUAAAGUGGAUAAGACCCUUGAACAACAAGAAAAUUUUGCUGAGGUUGCCAGAAGCAGGGAUGUGGAGGUAUUGGAAGGAAAACCCAUUUAUGUUGAUUGUUUUGGCAACCUGGUCCCAUUAACCAAGAGCGGCCAACAUCAUAUAUUCAGUUUUUUUGCCUUUAAAGAAAACAGACUUCCUCUCUUUGUCAAGGUACGCGAUACAACUCAGGAACCUUGCGGACGACUAUCAUUUAUGAAAGAGCCAAAAUCCACAAGAGGCCUGGUGCAUCAAGCUAUUUGCAACUUAAACAUCACCCUGCCGAUUUACACAAAGGAAUCAGAGUCAGAUCAAGAACAGGAGGAAGAGAUCGAUAUGACAUCAGAAAAAAAUGAUGAGACAGAAUCUACAGAAACAUCUAUCCUGAAAAGUCACCUGGUCAAUGAAGUUCCUGUCCUAGCCAGUCCGGACUUGCUCUCUGAAGUUUCUGAGAUGAAACAAGAUUUGAUCAAAAUGACCGCCAUCCUGACCACAGAUGUAUCUGAUAGGGCAGGCUCUAUUAAAGUGAAGGAGCUGGUGAAGGCUGCUGAGGAGGAGCCAGGAGAGCCUUUUGAAAUUGUUGAAAGAGUUAAAGAGGACUUAGAGAAAGUGAAUGAAAUCCUGAGAAGUGGAACCUGCACCAGGGAUGAAGGCAGUGUGCCAAGGUCUCAGUUGGAGAGAGAAUUAGUGGAAGAGGAGUGGGUUAUUGUCAGUGAUGAGGAAGUAGAGGAGGCUAAGCAAAAAGCACCUUUAGAAAUCUCUGAAUAUCCCUGUGUAGAAGUCAGAAUAGAUAAAGAGACCAAAGUAAAAGUAGAGAAAGACUCAACUGGCCUAGUGAAAUACCUUACUGAAGAUUUAAAUUCCUAUGAGCCUCCUCAUGAAGAGCAACUGCAGACAGCUCAAGAGUUGGCAGGGCUGAUAUGUGAGGCCCCGGCUGUGGGCAGGAGCUCCGACAAUGAAGGGAAAGGUGCGCCCCCAGACGAGAAACAGAGUACGCAGGCACUGCACAAACCUAGCCUGGGAAUAAAGAAGCCAGUAAGAAGGAAAUUAAAGGAAAAACAGAAACAAAAAGAGGAAAGUUUACAAGCUAGUACAGGACAAAGUGAACUUAAAAAAUGUAGUUCAGAAGAGUCGUUAGAUGAAGACCUCGGGUUAGCCCCCGAGCCUCUUCCCACUGUAAAGGCCACAUCACCGUUGAUUGAAGAAACGCCCAUUGGUUCCAUAAAGGACAAAGUGAAGGCCCUUCAGAAACGAGUGGAAGAUGAACAGAAAGGUCGAAGCAAGUUGCCUGUCAGAGUCAAAGGCAAAGAGGAUACACCAAAAAAGCUCAGCCACAGGACACACCCAGCUGUGUCCCCCUCUCUGAAGUCAGAGAGGCAUGCACUGGCAUCUCCCCCCUCUAAAACAGAAAGGCACUCUUCUCUCUCCACCUCUGCAAAACCAGAAAGGCACCCUCCAGUAUCACCAUCGAGUAAAACUGAGAAACACUCACCUGUGUCACCCUCUGCAAAAACUGAAAGGCACUCACCUGUGUCAUCGUCAGGUAAAACUGAGAAACACUCACCUGUGUCACCUUCAACAAAAACUGAGAGACGCUUCUCUGUGUCAUCAACAAAAACUGAAAGACACCCACCUGUUUUACCUUCAGGUAAAACAGACAAACGCCCGCCUGUGUCGCCCUCUGGGAGAGCAGACAAACAUGCACCAGUAUCACCUGGGAGAACAGAAAAACGCCUGCCUGUAUCACCAGCUGGAAGAGUGGAAAAGCAUCCACCUCUGUCAACCUCUGGGAAGACUGAGAAGCACUUGGCUGUGUCACCUUCUGGAAAAACAGAGAAGCACCUAGCUGUAUCCCCCACCUCCAAAACAGAAAGAAUCGAGGAGACAAUGUCUGUCCGAGAGUUGAUGAAAGCUUUUCAGUCAGGUCAGGACCCAUCUAAACAUAAGACUGGACUCUUUGAACACAAAUCAUCAAAACAAAAGCAGCCACAGGAAAAAGGCAAAGUUCGGGUGGAAAAGGAAAAGGGGCAGAUAGUAACCCAGAGAGAAACACAGAAGAUGGAGAGUCAGACAAUCAGACGUGGCCAGAGAUUCCUGGUAACAGGAGCUUCAGAAUCCAGAAGAGGGGUCCGUGCUUCCUCUACAGGGAAUAAGAGAGAAGAUGCGGUUGGAGAAAAGGAGAAAGCUCCCAGCCACAAAACAUCUGAACCUGUUCAGUCAGUGCCGGAAGGGGAAAGCUGUACACAGAGGGAAGGCCCCAAGGAAAAGCUGGCUGAGGAACAGGGAGACAUGGAUUUCCAGAUCAGCCCAGACAGGAAAACCUCCACUGACUUUUCUGAUGUCAUUAAGCAAGAAUUAGAAGACAAUGACAAAUACCAACAAUUCUGCCUCAGUGAAGAGACAGAAAAGGUGCAGCUUCACUUAGACCAAGUGCUCACUAGUCCUUUCAACACAACAUUUCCACUAGAUUACAUGAAAGACGAAUGUGUUCCCGCUCUGUCUCUCCAGAGCGGCGCUUUAGAUGGCAGUCUGGAAAGCCUGAAGCACGAAGGGGCGGCAGGUUCUCCGUGCGGCAGCCUGAUGGAAGGGACCCCUCAGAUUAGUUCCGAAGAAAGCUAUAAGCAUGAGGGUCUAGCAGAGACCCCUGAGACAAGCCCAGAAAGCCUUUAUUUCUCACCAAAGAAAAGUGAGGAGCAAACUGAGGAAAGAAAUGAAGUGACCAAGUUAGAAGCACCAACAGAAAUUCGUUCAGAAACAGAAUAUCCCUCAACCAAAGACGUUAGUGACAGUUCUAAAGAGCAAGGAGCUGCAGCUGAGUGUCUGCCCAAGGCCACCCUUGGCCUUUCCAAAGACACCUGCAUUAAGCAAGAAGGUGAUGGCCUUGGCCACUCUGCUGUAUCAUUAGUAAAAGAAACCCCUGGAGGACUGACUGAGGAAGCAUCCUGUGAUGAGAGUCAGCAGACAUAUAUCAGUUCAGCCCCCAAGACACCAAGUGAUACUGACACUAAGGAAUCCACAACCGCCAAGCACUCAGAUGAGACAAAGACCUCACCACUACCAGAUGCUUCUGAAGAGACAGGGACAGGGACUGAACCAAAGACCCAGGGUGUCACCAGGAGUCCCCAGGGGUUAGAACUGGCACUCCCUAGCCGAGACAGUGAGGUCCUCAGCCCUGGGGCAGAUGAAUCAUUUGCAGUAAGCCACAAAGAUUCCCUGGAAGCCAGCCCCGUGCUGGAGGAUAACUCCUCACACAAAACUCCUGAUUCUCUGGAACCAAGUCCUCUGAAAGAAUCGCCUUGCCGUGACUCUCUUGAAAGCAGCCCUGUGGAACCAAAGAUGAAGGCUGGAGUUCUCCCAGGUCACUUUCCUCUUCCUGCAGCCGUAGCCAAAACAGAACUCUUUACAGAAGUAGCCUCCAUGCGGUCCCGGCUACUCCGAGACCCAGACGGCAGUGCUGAGGAUGACAGUCUGGAGCAGACAUCACUGAUGGAGAGCUCAGGAAAGAGCCCCCUUUCUCCUGAUACCCCCAGCUCUGAAGAAAUUAGCUAUGAGGUCACACCCAAAGCCACAGAAGCAAGCACACCAAAACCAGCUGUGAUUCAUGAAUGUGCAGAGGAGGAUGACUUGGAAAAUGGAGAGAAAAAGAGAUUCACACCUGAGGAGGAAAUGUUUAAAAUGGUAACCAAAAUCAAAACAUUUGAUGAACUUGAACAAGAAGCAAAGCAGAAAAGGGACUACAAAAAAGAACCCAAGCCUGAAGAAUCUUCUUCAUCCUCUGACCCAGCUGCUGACAUGGAUGAACCAAAGCAUGUGGAAAGUGUACAGGAUGGAAGUGAUGCCUCUGUGGUAGUAACAUCAGAGAGCAGAAAGGCUUCGUCCUCCUCAGAAAGUGAACCUGAGUUGACACAGCUGAAAAAAGGUGCUGACUCGGGCCUCUUGCCAGAGCCAGUUAUUCGAGUACAGCCUCCUUCUCCACUUCCAUCCAGCAUAGACUCCACUUCUAGUCCUGAAGAAGUGCAGUUCCAGCCUAUUGUUUCCAAACAAUACACUUUCAAGAUGAAUGAGGAUGUGCAGGAAGAAUCAGGUAAAUCAGAAGAAGAAAAAGAUGGUGAAUCUCAUUUACCUAAAGAUAGUCCUGCUAUUUCUGAUGAUGGCCCAGAUACGUCUUACGAUGAUCCAAACCGAAAUGCUGAUCAACCAAACAUCUGUGACGGUGAUGGUUGUGAGGUGGGGAGCCCUAGCAGUUUGGCCAUUCCAGUCGCUUCAGAUCUCCACAGUUCCAGUGGUGAUGAUAUCAGUGAGCAGCUAGUUAUUUGUAAGGAAUCAUUACCUCUCCAAGGCGCUAGUGACAGAGACACAGGAGUCGAGCUUGAUGUUCCUAGAGUGGAAUCUCCACAAGUUGAUUGCCUCAGUGAAAGCUCUUCAUCUUUGUCCUCUUUUCCUCAUUGUCCAGCAUCUGAAGGAAAAGAAUUAGAUGAAAACAUAGGUUCUCCAUCUUCUAUUACAAAAAUAGAGGCUGCAAAAACUGACCAAGCUUUGGAGAGCUUACAAAAGAACUGUUUCAUUCACGACUCAAUUCCCACUCAGACAGAUGGAUCGUCCAUGGAUGGUCCAGUGUCUGACCCAGCUGAGACUGAUGAAAUUCAUGAUCCUCAAAUCAUAAGCCCUUAUGAAAAUGUUCCUUCCCAAUCUUUUUUCUCUAGUGAAGAAAGCAAAACCCAAACAGAUUCAAAACAUGCAAGUUUUCACUCUUCUGAAAUGUAUUCUGUUGCCAUCACAUCCUCUGUUGAAGACAUAGGAGUGGCAGGCUCCUCUAGGAGAACUGUUUCAGAUAGAGAAUCUAAUCUUGAGGACCAAAACAUGGAAAUAGAAUUGAAACAAGAAAGUACCUUGUGGGAAACGCAGUCAGACAAGGCCCCCUCAUCUUUAGACCCUGCUGUACCGAAGACAUCAGUUAGUGAACACAUAAGCCAAGUCAUCAUCACAAAAACUGAUGUGGAUUCCGAAUCCUGGAGUGAAAUCCGUGAAGAUGAUGCAGCCUUUGAGGCUCGAGUGAAAGAGGAAGAACAAAAGAUAUUUGGUUUGAUGGUAGACAGACAGUCACAGGGUACCACCCCUGACACCACUCCUGCUAGGACCCCAACUGAAGAGGGGACCCCAACCAGUGAGCAAAAUCCAUUUCUCUUUCAGGAAGGAAAAUUGUUUGAGAUGACCAGAAGUGGUGCUAUUGAUAUGACCAAAAGGUCCUAUGCAGAUGAAAGUUUUCACUUUUUCCAAAUUGGGCAAGAAUCCAGGGAAGAGACUCUCUCUGAAGACAUGAAAGAUAGGGGUCCUGGGGCCGAGUCCCCACAGCUGGAAACAUCAGCUGAGUCACUGGCACCUUCAGAAUCAAAAGAAAGAGCAGAUGGUGAAGCAGACUUACUUCCAGAUGACCUGAAUGAGGAAGCAAAGGAAAUAGCUGCUUCAAAUGCUCAGUUUAAUUCCCAAAUGGAUAUUUCAGCCUCCACUGAAACUUCAAUGAAAGAGGCUACUAUUGCAAGGGUCGAGGACCUCCCCACCACGCAGAUAGUUGAUACACCUCCUAAGUCCAGUGUAAAGCAGGCAUCUUGCCCCCACUCUACUGAACCAGUUGUACAAGUUCAGUUAGAUUUUUCCACCGUUACUAGGUCUGUAUAUUCCGAUCGUGAUGAUGAUUCUCCUGAUUCUUCCCCAGAGGAACAAAGAUCAGUCAUUGAAAUCCCUACUGCACUCAUGGAGAAUGUGCCUUCUUCUGAAAGCAAAUCCAAAAUUCCAAUAAGGACUAUGCCCACUUCAAGCCCAGCACCUCUGUCUGUGGAGUAUGAGAGUUCCCUUUCUGAAGAGUUUCUACCCAGCCUGGAUGAGGAAAGUAAAGAUGAUGAAACCAAACCAAAGUCUAAAAUCCCCGUGAAAGCACCCGUCCAAAGAGUAGAGCAGCAGCUUUCACCUCUGGACUCAUCCCUCCAGAAAACAGUGGCUCCUCAGGAUCAGGACAUGACAAACCGAGCAUCAGAUAAUAGAAGCAAAUCUGAAUUGGAUGCCAGUCCUUUGGACUCAAAGACCAAAUGUCCAGUCAAGACUAGAAGUUGCGCUGAGACAGAAACAGAGGGUGGAAACAGGGCAGGGGAGCUUGAGUUAGAGUCAGAAGAAGGGGCCACAAAGCCAAAGAUAUUUGCAUCUCGUUUGCCAGUUAAGAGCAAAAGCACCACAUCCUCCUCCAAGGGAGCCAUGAGCCCCACAAAAGAAAGUAAGGAGCAUUUCUUUGACCUUUACAGGAACUCCAUAGAAUUCUUUGAGGAGAUCAGUGAUGAAGCUUCCAAGUUAGUGGAUAGACUUACACAGUCAGAAAGGGACCAGGAGUUAGUUUCAGAUGAUGAAAGCAGUAGUGCCCUGGAAGUUUCAGUAAUUGAAAAUCUGCCACCUGUUGAGACCGAGCACUCAAUUCCUGAGGACAUCUUUGACACAAGGCCCAUUUGGGAUGAGUCCAUUGAGACUCUGAUUGAACGCAUCCCUGAUGACAAUGGCCAUGACCAUGCUGAAGAUCAACAGGAUGAGCAAGAACGGAUUGAAGAAAGGCUGGCUUAUAUUGCUGAUCACCUUGGCUUCAGCUGGACAGAAUUAGCAAGAGAACUGGAUUUCACUGAGGAGCAAAUUCAUCAAAUUCGAAUUGAGAACCCUAACUCUCUCCAGGACCAAAGUCAUGCACUAUUGAAAUACUGGCUGGAAAGGGACGGGAGACACGCUACAGAUACCAGUCUCAUUGAAUGUCUCACCAAGAUCAACCGAAUGGAUAUCGUUCAUCUCAUGGAGACCAGCACCGAGCCCCUCCAGGAGCGCAUCAGUCACAGCUAUGCAGAAAUUGAACAGACCAUUACCCUGGACCAUAGUGAAGGGUUCUCAGUACUUCAGGAGGAGCUAUGCACUGCCCAGCACAAACAGAAAGACGAGCAAACUGCUUCUAAAGAGAGGGAGUCCUGUGACCACCCCCCCAUCGUCUCAGAGGAAGACAUUUCUGUGGGUUAUUCCACUUUGCAGGAUUGUGUCCCCAAAAUUGAAGGGGACAGUUCAGCAACAGAGCUCUUUUCUCAGACUCAAAGGGAGCGAGUUGAACAGGAUUUCUCAGGGAAAAUGCAAGACCUGCGUGAAAAGUCAUCUCUUGAAUGUCAGCAGGAAUACUUUGUGACAACCCCAGGGACAGAAGCAUCAGAGACUCAAAAGGUUACAGCAGUACCUGGCUCUCCCAGCAAGACACCUGAGGAACUCAGUACCCCUCCCGAGGAGGAGAGGCUGUGUCUCCAGACACCUACGUUGAGUGAGCAGGGAGACUCGCCCAUUGUACAGGAGCCCGAAGAGCCCCUAGUGCCUAGUGGGGAGAGUUCCCCUCGGAAAACUAGCCUCCUGAUAGUGGAGUCUGCUGAUGGCCAGCUGCGGACCCUUGCAGGGCUGGAUGAAGAUACAGCUUUUCAAAAGGAGCUAACAGAGGAAUUAGGUGAGCUGGAGGCCAGCUCAGAUGAGGAGGCGAUGGUAACUACCAGGGUUGUCCGCCGGCGAGUGAUUAUUCAGGGAGAUGAUAUGCCUGACAUACCCCCAGAAACAGUCACGGAAGAAGAAUACAUUGAUGAGCACGGACACACUGUGGUAAAGAAGGUUACUAGGAAGAUCAUUAGGCGGUAUGUAUCCUCUGACGGCACAGAGAAAGAGGAGAUUACACUGCAGGGGAUGGCACAGGAGCCUGUGGCCAUUGAGGAAGGGGAUGGCUAUUCCAGAGUUGUAAAGCGCGUUGUAUUGAAGAGUGACACCGAACAGUCAGAGGUGACUUUGUCUGAACCCAGCAUUUUGUCCAGUACCUCACAAUUUCAGGCUGAACCAGUGGAAGGCCGUAGAGUCAGCAAAGUUGUUAAAACAACUAUGGUACAUGGAGAGAGGAUGGAGAAACAUCUGGGGGAUUCUAGUUUAGCCACUGAUCUUCCUUCAGCCAAAGAUGACUUUGAAGAGGCUUUGAGUUACACAGGUAACCACAUGAAAGUCCACUUACCCAGUUUAGUAGAGAAUGAAAUCCUGAAAGAGGAUGGAUCAAUAAUCAAAAGGACAACCAUGAGUAAAGCCCGAACGCAGAAGAGGGCUGUGGUGAAGGACCAGCGUGGGAAACACAUCCACUUGGAGCACCUGGAGGAUGUGCCAGAAGCACUAGCACCGGAUGACCUCCAGCACGACCUCCAGCAACUCCUUCGGCAUUUCUACAAGGAGGACUUGAAGCAAGAGGCCAAAUGAGGGGGCUGCCCGAUCCUCACAUCAGAAACCACACAUUCACUCAAUAUGCAACUUCCCAUUUCAUUAGCAGAGCGGCCCAACUGGCCUAAUGGGCACCCUGACGUCUCCACUUUUAGCAAAUACACUGCAUUUGGUUUUAGUUUUUCUCAGCCUCUUUAACUGUAAGCUAAUUUGUGACCAAAGAUAGCAUCCUUCCCUCUGGAUGUUGUAUCCACUACUUUGUUGUGUCUGUGCUAGCCUGGGAACCGGCCACCUCCGUUGUCCUUUACUUCUGCACAAGCUCCAUGAAAACCCAGUGAUCAGAAGACCUUCGCCUGCAGACCUCUUCAGGUGAUGCUAUAGAGGAAUCCUUCAAAGGGAUGUCCAUGUACAAUGUAUAUAGCUAGAAUGCUCAGAUGAACAGCAUAUUAAAAUUAAAACCACUGCCUAUCAUAACUACACUGGCAUCAUGGAAUAAAAGGCCUCUAGAAAUUGCUGAACAGUGGUUAAUCAAGAUAUUGCUAACACAAUCGAAUGAUAAUACAGUUCUGCUGAAGAAGCACUUCAGACCUACCAGGUCCUUACAACUUCCAGAGUAGCCAUUGCUCCUAAUUAAAGAUGGGUUCAUAACCACGAGGAACUGUCCUAACUAAGCACUUACUGCUGGGUGCUGGCCAGCUGUGGCUGGCGCUUCUCCAGCUGCCGCCACUCUUGACAGAGGGGAUGUCGGGAGCAGAAGGCAAACAGAAUGAGUGAGACAGUGAGGCUUUCAGCUGCUACCAGCUACAGGCUGUGGCAUUCUGGCGUCUUCAGGUCUUUUAGAUUUCCGACAUAUUGGCAGGGUAUUUUAAAAAGCUGUAACUACUGUAGUUUUCCAGUUUUCAUUGCUGCUUUAGGAAACCACGCUGUCUUAUUGGUGGUACUUUCUUCUGGCCACUGCACUGUAGAUAAUUCAUUGAAAACAAGAUGUACCCACUACACAAAAGGUCAAACUCCUUCACCAGGUCAGAGUGGCUUCUUCUCCUCCUUUUUAAUUUUUUUUCCUCUCUCCAGAUUUCUAUCUUAUACCUGCAUGUAGAAUUUAAAAAUCAAAAACAGAAUCAGACCUCUCUUCUCAUCCCAGAAUGGCUUUCAUUCUUUUGACCCUGAGCAAGCACUUUCCCACUUGUCAGCUUGGUCUGUUUUUUUAGCUGGCAAACAAGGUCGAGAAAUCCUUACAAAUUUGGUUUGGGUUAAAAUUUUUGAUUUAUUUAUAUGAAAUCCAAACUCUCUUGGAGGCACAAGUGCAUUUGUGCACUUCCCUGUUUGUUUGUUUCAAAGAAGAAACUUUAAUCAUCUGAGUGAUUUCCAUGUCCUGUUCCUUAUUCCUCUAGUGGUUGAAGCUGUGUAACAUUUUAACAUAUAUAUAUAUAUUCACAAUUAUAUUCAUAUAAACAGUAUACAUUUUGAAUCAGUUAUUUGUUAAAGAAAAGUAUAUUCAAUGAAGAUCAAAUUUAAAAGAAAAACUCUAUCACCAGAGUCGGUCCUCCAGAGAUUGAACAUUUUCCAAAUCUAUCUGGUCUUUUCCCGUUGUGCAAAAAUGACUCAUUGCUCCGAAUGUCAAAAACAAAUGCGACAAACAAUGGCGUUUCAUCAUUUCAAGCCACGAUGCCAAGAGGGAAAAUUUCCUGGACAUCAUUGGUUUCCCGCCAGCCAAAUCUCCUAAGCCCCAGAUGCUAGCACUUUUUGGCAGUUGGAUAGGAAACAAAGCGUUCUUUGGCAGCCAAAAUGAGAGAGGCCCCAGGUGAGACUUUGAGGCACACCAUGGCCGCCUUGUCCAAACCUUCGCUGGAGCUCAAGAAAAGCAUUUCAGUUGUGUUAUUUGCAGUGCAGAUGAUGUCUGUGUAACAACAAUGGUUAUUCACCUCCUUUUGAUUUUGAUUUUUGCUGUGUAAUCAAAAAACUUGAAUACUGUGAGAAGAAGUGAAUUUUCAGUUGAUGAAUCAGCAUCUUGUUCCCAUGGUGAUAACGCUAAUUGAAUAUAUCUAUGAGGGCAUGUAUUAGUUACUGGAAAAAAAAAUACAACACUAACAAUACAUAGCUGCAGUGUGUACAAUGGCUGAUUUAAUUAAAUAAAAUGUACAAGUGUUAAGUGUG